AUGCCGGCGUUGCGGCUUCUCGGUCGAAGGUGGCUUUUCGCAUCUGACGAUUUGGUUUUUCCUUGUAUAGCCGAAAUUCCAGUUAGAAUAAUAUGGAUAGUAAUGUUGUCUAUUGUGGCAAGCAACGAUUUGCCUGUAUCGUGUGCAUUCAACACAUCGGCAAGGCUGGACAUUAUUAUAAUGAUAUCGAUACAAGCAUUAACUAUAAUAAUACUGGCUGUAAUGGCACAGCAGUCGGCGCGAGGCUCUAUGACGGAGAUUGACAAGAGAAAAUAUGUAGGACCUCUACUAUUGUGCAAAUUAUUUAUUAUGGUGAUGGAGAUAAUACUAAAUCUGUUGGGUAUUUGGUGGAUCUUCAUCGUAAAUACAUUGUGCAACUUGAAGCCUUUUCCCAAUGUCAUUAUGCAGAUUUUAUUAAUACUUAUGUGGAUACCGUUUCUAUUCACAUUUCUGGCUAUAUAUCUGGCGUACGAUCCAUUGGGAAACAUUGAAUUUGAAGAUAUUCGUACUGACGAAGAGAGGGACUACUAUAAUAAGAAAUCUACAAAAAUAUGGGCGAGCAGAGUUCAAUGGACAUUUUGGUACUUCAAAGACAAAAAAAUGAAGGACGCCGUUAAGGAAAUGGCAGUUCUACUCAGUGUUCUUUUCAGGUCUACUGACAUUGUACUCUACGAUAUGAUAGCUGGAUCCAUUCUGUUGAGGGUUCGACAGAAACGUGACACUAGAAGCAGACGUGUGAGUGACACAGUAGAUUCUGUUGAAGAAAUAUAUACGACAGAUCUGAACAAAUUAUACAAAGAUGUACCUAGUUGGAUGAAUAUGGUAGAUGCAUGCCAUUAUAUGAAACUCGCUAUGUCAGCAUACGGUUGGACUUAUGUGCUGUAUAGAUUUUAUUGCGCUGGUAUUUGUUUCUUGGCGCCUUAUCUGAGGUGUUGUUAUCGGCCCAAGCAUGUCGACGGGGACAACUGUUGUAUGUGCAACUACGCCGGUCUCAAAUACCUAUCUGAUAGUACUGACAAGGACUUCAUUUAUGUUUCAUUCGUGAAUCACAUAUACGAGGUACCAUUUAUGGUGUUGGCGGAGCACGAUCGCAAGAGUAUCGUAGUGGUGAUACGUGGCUCCAUAUCAUUACACGACAUGUUCACUGACUUAACUGCUCCAUCUGAGAAGUUUGAAGCUGAAGGAUUACCAGAAAACACACUCGCUCAUAAAGGAAUGGUGUUGAGUACUGAAAAGACCCUGGAACGAGUUACUCCUAUUCUAGAAAGCUCCUUCGCAGAAUAUCCUGACUAUGAACUUGUGAUUACAGGUCAUAGUUUAGGGGCAGCAGUAUCAACAUUGUUGGGAAUAAAAUUAAAACAUAAAUAUCCACAUCUAAAAGUGUACGCAUUUUCAGCACCAUCUGGGUUGUUAACUCGUGAGGCAGCACGGUACACUGAAGACUUUGUGAUGACAGUCGGUGUUGGAGAUGAUCUAGUUAUGAGACUAAGCCUGAAAAGUAUGCAGGCUUUCCGCGAUAGGAUUAUAGAGACAAUACAUAUGGCAAAACUGCCAAAGUAUCGUAUAUUACUAAAGGGACUACGGUAUAUGUUGUUCACGAUACCUGAUGAAGACCUGGAAACUAUUUGGAAAUCUCCUGAUAAUAUAGAAGCUCAACUCAUAGGGCCAACCCGACUUACAAGGACAAUCUCUUAUGAAUUGGAACGGUUACACAUAGCAGGCCGCAUUCUCCACAUAGUACCAUGCAAGAGAAGCGGUCGCAAGGAGCCCCGAUAUAAAGUGGGGUGGGCAAAAAUGGAAGACUUCAAUGAACUGGUCGUGAUGCCACGGAUGCUCUUAGAUCACAUGCCUGAGAACGUUCUGGAACCCAUCAAGAUAGUUUUAGACGAAUGCGUGCCGCAUACAGUCACUGUUGAUAGGACAACGUAA